AUGGAGGAACGCGAACAGCAGAAAACAGACACACAGGAGAGCGACCUUGGAGCCAAAUUCCAACAGGAUCUGCGAAGGGCAGCAGCCGGCCUUAAAGCCAUCUACACCCAUGAAAAGCCUCUUCCCUUACGGGUUACUGCGUCUUACAGGCAGAUUAUCCAUGACAUGACAGGCCACUGGAGCAAUGAAUGCACCAGCACACCGGAGGAGCUUGACUGGCUCGAAGCCUUCCUUCGUUGCGUCAAGUGGAUGGAGGCCGAGCAUCCCAGACUGGCAGCAGACCUGAAGGUAUCAUCGGCGAGGGCACACGAUCAACCGAGAAUUGAAGGCCUGGAGGAACCCGAAACCAAACUCGGAGUCAAGCCAGUUGGAAAGGGCGUGCUUCUGGAGGCCUCGGACUUCCAAGACUUCAUUGAGAACUCCGCAGCUGAAUCUGUCGCGCAGCAGCUUCGAGCCGACCUCAAAGUUUCAAAAGAAGGGAAGACCUCGGAGUUGCCCAGUCUCACUGCUCUCUAUAUGCCCGAAUUCUCUUCGCCACGGGCCAAAGAAAUUGCCAAGUCAAUCUGGGCGGAUGAGUCCCUCCAUAUCAGCGUGCGCCAGAUGCUCUACGAACAGAUGCUUGAGACGAUCAAGAAGCAGCUCUCAAAGGACGCGAAGAUGGAUACGGCUGACGGCCAGGGCGAGGUUCAGUCUUACGAGACACAGCGUUCACGCAAGUGCUACAUCUGUCACAUGGAUCUCCAAACCUCGCAUAAGACUCUAAAGUCUAUGUGCAUCCCGUGCGGAGAAUUCAACUUGGCCGAAAGAGCUCUAUCGCUACCGCCGAACUUGUCCCUCGAAGGCAAGACUGCUCUUGUCACUGGUGCACGGAUCAAUCUAGGAUUCCACACUGCAUUGAGACUCCUCCGUUGCGGUGCGUUCGUCAUUGCAUCUUCGCGGUAUCCUGAAGAUGCCUUGUCCCGUUACCAAACGGAGUCUGAUUACGCCAGCUGGGCGCCACGGUUGAAGAUCGUCGGAGCAGACUUUCGCGCUGCAAAAGACGCCUUUGCCUUGGUUGAGGCUACCAAGGCAACCCUGCAACAAGAGAAUCGGAAACUAGAUAUUCUUAUCAACAACGCAGCUCAGACUUUGACUGAUCCCGUCGAAAAGGAGCAGAUGGCAGUCAAACGCGAGCAACGGCUACUCGAGGGCUCGCGGAAUGAAGAAUCCAGCAAACAGGUCAUCACACGCCAGGGAUACACGGCCCGUGUUCGUGGUGGAGCUGUUGCUGAUGCAAUUACUGGCAAGGACGGCAGCCAUCUGCUUGGACAAUCUACCCAUGUGAGCAAUUCCCUUGUUGCUCCGAUGUCCAACUUGCGAUUGUCAGAGCCGUCAAAGCAGUCUUCCUGGGUGCAAUCACUCUCCGAAAUACCUUAUGAAGACGUCAUCACGGCUCACAGCGUCAAUACCUUCGUUCCAUUGAUACUGAUCCGGGAGCUGAUGCCUUCAAUGGCACGAGGUGGUCAUAUUGUGAAUGUGUCUUCUAGAGAGGGCAUAUUCGAGUCGAAUCGACGCAGUUCUGCCAAGACUGGCAAGCAUGUGCAUACCAACAUGUCGAAAGCUGGGCUCAACAUGAUCACAGAGACCGAGGCAGCCACAGCUUGGGAGGAACACAAGGUGGCAAUGAACACAGUUGAUCCAGGGUAUAUGAGCGCUGCCCCUGAGUUCGAGCUGGCAUUCGACGGUGAACGGCCUAUCGGCUGGGAAGACGGAGCCGGUCGGGUUUUGUGGCCCAUUGCCAAGAGCGAGAAAGGCGCUCCGAUUUGGGGUCGAUUCUUGAAGCACUAUGGUGCGGCUCGUGUCGACACACGAUUCGGACGUGGUUGA